AUGAAUAUACGUCAGAACCUAUUCGGGCAAGGCCCAAAAGCUGGUCGGGAGCAACAGGGGGGAUAUGGCAGACCUCCUCAACCCCCUCCACGAGACGAUACGCCUAUGGGAGGAUAUCAGGAGAACCCUAGAGGCCAGUAUGGUGGUGGGGGAUACAGUGCUCCUCCUGCUGGUGGAAUGCCAUUACGGACGGCUGUGGGAAGAGAACCAUCUCAGCAGCCAAUGGGUUCGGGAGCACCGCGACGGGUACAGAUGAGAAUAGCAAAAGUAGAGGACAAGAAUUUGGCAAAUGAAUAUAUCUUUGGGAACCUAUGUGCAGUAUCACCUCAAGACUUCCCUCCAUCCCGAGACGGUUCUGAUCCAUAUAUCUUAAUCAACGGCAGAUAUGUGGUUACCGGUCGACCCACGCCAGGAUUUCCAGCUGGAUGUAUCUCGCUUUCGGAUCCACAAAGAACAUGGUGUGACGUUGGAAUGAUGGAUCCUAUUACUGCCGAAACAUACGAUCCAUUUGCUUCAGGUGGACAUGCGUAUCUUGGAUCCCUCGACAUUGAAGUUGGAUUCGCUUCAGUAAGGAAAGUUACAGAGGUUCCCUUUGAUCAGGAUGUUUUGGCAGAUGUGUUUACAAGAUUUUUCAACAACCAGAUAUUUGCUCCAGGGCAAUUGCUGUUGAUGGACUAUAAGAACAUACCACUGCUAUUUACAGUUAAGACCAUACAAGUGGUAGACUUGAGUAUGCAAAAGGAGGGGCCUCCGCCAACAUCUAAUCCUGGUGCCCGAGGUAUUUUGACACAACAAACAUCAAUGACAUUUUACAAAGAUGCGAAAUCCCCCAUCAAGCUGAAGGGGUCAACUAAGCGGCCGGCCGCGAACUCUAUCAUUGCUCCUGAUUUCAAGUUCGAGGAUAUGGGAAUCGGUGGCUUGGAUACAGAGUUUAGCGCCAUUUUCCGAAGAGCAUUCGCUUCUCGUAUCUUUCCACCUGGACUUAUUGAAAAACUGGGAAUCCAGCAUGUCAAAGGUAUAUUACUUUUCGGACCUCCUGGAACCGGAAAGACGCUUAUUGCACGUCAAAUCGGCAAAAUGUUGAACUCCAGGGAACCAAAGGUUAUCAAUGGCCCUGAAGUUUUGAAUAAAUACGUUGGUCAGUCUGAAGAGAAUAUCCGAAAACUAUUCGCAGAUGCCGAAAAAGAGUACAAGGAGAAAGGCGACGAGAGCGGACUUCACAUCAUCAUCUUUGAUGAGUUGGAUGCAGUAUGCAAGCAGAGAGGUUCGGGCGCUGGUGGUGGAACUGGUGUUGGUGAUAGUGUUGUCAAUCAAUUGCUCUCGAAGCUCGAUGGUGUGGAUCAGCUCAACAAUAUCUUGCUGAUCGGAAUGACCAAUCGAAUGGACAUGAUUGAUGAUGCUUUGUUGAGACCUGGACGUUUGGAGGUACAUAUGGAAAUCUCGCUCCCUGACGAAGCUGGACGUGCUCAGAUCCUGAAAAUUCAUACUUCGAAAAUGAAAGAGAAUGAUGUUAUGGAUAGCGACGUCAACGUCGCAGAGUUGGCACAUUUGACCAAGAACUUCUCGGGUGCCGAAAUUGGUGGGUUGGUUAAGUCUGCAUCAUCAUUUGCAUUCAAUCGACAUGUCAAGGUUGGAACUGUAGCUGGUGUCAGUGAUGAUAUCGAGAACAUGAAGGUUAACCGAGCCGAUUUCAUGAAUGCCCUUGAUGAAGUCAAGGCCGCCUUUGGUGUCUCUGAAGAGGAACUUGAGACUGCCAUGAAGCAUGGCAUCAUCCAUUUCAGCCCUUACAUCGAAAACAUCCUCAACCAAGGUGCCCUUGCCGUAGAUUAUAUUAAGAGCGCACCUGAAGCAUCACUUCUCUCGGUCCUUCUCCAUGGUCCUCCAGGUUCUGGAAAGACUGCUAUUGCCGCCAAAAUCGCUAAGGAUUCCGAAUUUCCAUUCAUCAAGCUCGUUUCUGCGGAGAAUAUGGUCGGAUUUAGUGAGAUGGCCAAAAUCCAAUAUCUACAGAAAGUCUUUACAGAUGCUUACAAGUCGCCUCUUAACAUUGUGGUAAUCGACAAUAUUGAGCGUAUUAUCGAGUGGUCGAAUAUUGGUGCUAGGUUCUCCAACCCCAUCACCCAGGCGCUGUUGGUUCUAAUAGCCAAGCAACCUCCUGCUGGACGUCGCCUCCUCGUCAUUGGAACCACUUCUCAGCGGUCAAUCAUGGCUCAAUUAGAUCUCAAGCAGAUCUUCAACCGUGAGCUCGCAGUUCCUAAUAUCAACACCCAUGCGGAGCUGGCUUCGGCUCUUCGAGAAGUCGGCGGUUUCGAUAGAGAAGAGGACAUGACUGCAAGUCUCAACGAGCUCAAGGAUAUCACGGGUACGGAUCAGAUCGGCGUUGGAAUCAAGAAUGUUUUGACUACGGUCGGACAGGCGAAGAGGGAUAAGUUGAAUUUCGUCGGUACAUUUGCAGAUAUGAUGGCGCAACAAAUGGCUAGCAACAAUUAA